UUAAAUGCAAGUGAGUAACGGUCAUUUAACGCUGACAGGUUGCCUAGCCUAGUUCAUACGACUAAAUUCGGUGCAACGAUUUCAGUCACUAAACCCUUAAAACAGGGAACAGGCCUCGCAAAGGAUAUGAGAUUUUAUUUGUAAAUAAAUUGCUAGUCUUCGCCAUUUGUACAGCGUUGUUAGUUGAAGAGGUACAGUUCUUUUUUUAGUCAACAAAAUGGAAGGAUUUGCGCAACUCUCCAUUGGACCUCACUUUUCUGCCCUGGGAAAUGGCUCGGUAACAGAUAAGGUUACACCUGAUAUGGCCCAUUUAGUACAUCCCUAUUGGAAUCAAUUUCCCCCCAUGGAUCCAAUGUGGAAUAAAAUUCUCAUGUGGUUUAUGAUUCUCAUUGGCAUCAUAUCAUGGUGCGGCAAUGGUGUGGUCAUCUACAUAUUCUCCACAACGAAAUCCCUGCGCACACCCGCCAAUUUGUUGGUUAUAAAUUUGGCUUUAUCCGAUUUUGGCAUAAUGGUCUGCAAUACCCCAAUGAUGGCCAUUAAUUUAUACUAUGAAACCUGGAUAUUGGGUCCACUGAUGUGCGAUAUAUAUGCUGGUCUGGGUUCGGCAUUCGGUUGCAGUUCCAUAUGGUCCAUGUGUAUGAUCUCUUUGGAUCGUUACAAUGUAAUAGUGCGAGGUAUGGCAGGUCAGCCCAUGACCAUCAAAUAUGCCAUCUUAAAGAUACUGUUUAUUUGGUGUAUGGCGAGCAUUUGGACAUUUGCCCCGGUGCUGGGAUGGAGCAGAUAUGUGCCUGAGGGCAAUUUAACAUCAUGCGGCAUUGAUUAUUUGGAACGUAACUGGAAUCCACGUUCCUAUCUGAUAGCCUAUAGCAUGUUUGUGUAUUAUACACCAUUGUUCCUGAUAUGCUAUUCCUAUUGGUUUAUCAUUGCGGCUGUGUCGGCUCAUGAAAAAGCCAUGCGUGAACAAGCCAAGAAAAUGAAUGUAAAAUCUUUGCGUUCUUCCGAGGAUGCCGAGAAAUCGGCUGAAGGAAAACUAGCUAAAGUUGCCUUGGUAACCAUUAGCCUAUGGUUCAUGGCCUGGACUCCUUAUUUGAUCAUCAAUACUUUGGGUGUAUGGAAAUAUGAAGGUCUUACACCUUUGAAUACAAUUUGGGGAGCCACCUUCUGCAAAACAGCCGCUUGCUAUAACCCCAUAGUCUAUAGUAUAAGCCAUCCCAAGUAUCGUAUUGCCUUGAAAGAAAAAUGCCCCUGCUGUGUCUUUGGAAAAGUUGAUGAUGGCAAAACCAGUGAAGGCCAGUCUCAGGGUACUGCCAGUGAAGCAGAAUCGAAGGCUUAAGCUUCCUAGCAUACAAAGGCUAUAAACAGGGCAAUAUUAAAUACUAUGCCUUUCCAAAAAGAAAUCCUGAAAAAAAAGUAAUUAAAGCAAGUGUGUUGUAUUUUGUUAUAGGUGCUUUAUUCGAUAUAUAUAAUUAUUUUACGACUAACAGUUUAAACGUGCAAUGUCAUUAAAGACGAAAAAUCUCAAAAAAAUUAAACAUGAAAUAAUAAAGAAUGUGCAUACAAACAUCUAUAUAAUCAAACCUA